GCUUCUUUAAACCUCGUGUGGCUUCCUUGUGUAUUUGUUGUUUAAAUUUUUGUGUAAGAUAUAAUCAUUACAAUCAAAGAAUAUGGAUUCGACAAAACGCAUCCGUUGUUCUAAUUUUAGUAGUAGUGAAAUGGAUAUUUUGUUGACUCUCGUUGAAGAACACAAAAGAAUAAUUGAAUGCAAGAAGACAGAUACAGUGUCAAAUCGUGAUAAGGAUGCAGAGUGGGAGAAGUUAACGAAUAAAUUUAAUGCUGCUGCAGGGUCUGGACAAACAGCAAAGCAACUGCGUAUGAAGUGGGACUCUUGGAAGACCACAACGAGGAAAAAUUACAGUUUAAAAAAAAGUAGUUUGUAUAAAACAGGUGGUGGCUUUAGCAAUAAUAGUUUUGACAAUUGGGAGGAAAGGAUUUUAAGUGUUGUGUCCUUUUGA